AGUGUUAAGGCAUACCCAACACCCCACAAUUUCGUAGGGCAAGGAACCAACUACAAUGGGGUCUCCAAUGGCCUCUCUGGUUGCCACUCUCCUAGUGGCCUUCAUGUCCCUUAGCUUGCCCUUCGAGACCACUGCGAACUACGCUUACUCCUCUCCUCCGCCGCCGCCCAAAAAAUUGCCUCCUUCGCCGUCGCCGCCUCACCACCCCUACAAGUACAAAUCCCCACCGCCGCCUCCGCACAUCCCGAAGUCCCCACCGCAUCUGCCCCCCCAUAAGCCCUACAAGUACAAGUCCCCUCCCCCGCCACCCCCAGUUCACAUUUCCCCACCACCACACAAGAAGCCCUACAAGUAUAAGUCUCCUCCCCCACCACCGGUCCACAAGCCGUCACCACCACCUCAUCCAAUCUACAAAUACAAGUCUCCUCCGCCACCACCCCCGGUCUACAAGUACAAGUCUCCUCCCCCACCUCCAGUCCACUCUCCGCCACCACCCCCUCCUCACAAGAAGCCAUACAAGUAUAAGUCCCCGCCACCUCCUCCUCCGGUUCACAAGCCACCACCCCACCACCCUUAUCUCUACAAAUCCCCUCCUCCUCCGGUUCACAAGCCACCACCCCACCACCAUUACAUCUACAAAUCCCCUCCUCCUCCGGUUCACAAGCCACCAGCACCGGUUCACAAGCCACCACCCCACCACCCUUAUAUCUACAAAUCCCCUCCCCCGCCGGUUCACAAGCCACCAGCACCGGUUCACAAGCCACCACCCCACCACCCUUAUCUCUACAAAUCCCCUCCCCCGCCGGUUCACAAGCCACCAGCACCGGUUCACAAGCCACCAGCACCGGUUCACAAGCCACCACCCCACCACCCUUAUCUCUACAAAUCCCCUCCCCCGCCGGUUCACAAGCCACCAGCACCGGUUCACAAGCCACCACCCCACCACCCUUAUCUCUACAAAUCCCCUCCCCCGCCUUACCACUAUUAGAGGAUAAGUUUGGUGGUACUCUCAUGGACCACGAUGGAGAGUAUUGAAAGAAUAAGUGAGAAGCUAAUGAGCCUCAGGCAGAGAAAGAAAUUGGAUCGAUAAAAAGCGAGUCUCCGCGUUUUGUAUUAUCAAUCGUUUGAAGAAAGAAUAAUACUGAAAGAUGGUGUAGUAAAAGGAUUCCCGUCGAUCAUUUUCAUAUAAUAUUUCACUGUUUGGAUGUACCUUGGCCUUCCCAAACAUGGCCGAUAUGAUAUAAGCAUGUAAUUUCUCUUCAAUAAUAAGAUCAUUUCCCUUCAGAUAACAA